AUGAAGGCUACUCUAUUGAGUAGCGCUUACCUUGAUGACCUUGUGUCCCAGAGCCAACAUAUUAGCCAGGGCGCUUAUGGUACUGUGGGGCGCGUUCCCUGGGACGGUGGACAUGCCAUCUUAAAGAUGAUGAGGAAUGCCUCUGAGAUGGACUUCAGGAGAGAGCUGGUUAUCAUGGAAAGAUUGAAUUCUGCUGGAGGAGCUCCCAAGAUCCUGGGAGUAUGCUACAACCCAAGAGCCAUAGUGAUGUCUUCCCGGGGCGAGUUAACACUCACCAGAGCCCUCCUGCGGAACAUACCGGACUGGUACUUGGUCUAUAUUGCUCUGAAAAUUGGUCAGCGCCUGCGCGAGGUCCACGAGCGGGGAGUUGUACAUGGUGACAUCCACGGCUCUAAUGUCAUGGUCACCCUCUCUCCUGACUUCAGUAAACCACCUGAAGUAUUCCUUAUUGACUUCGGAAUGUCGGGAUUCAGUCCACAGGCUCUGUCAACCUUAAGCCCAAAGGACCUGGCAGAUUUGGGGGAUACACAGAUGGUCCAGGGAAACCUGACAUACUCCCUAGAUAUUAAGUGUUUGGGCAUGAUGCUCCUAGAAAUAUUUAGCAUAAUGAAGAUUGCCCUCGAGUCUAUUAUGAAAAUAAUUGAAAUGGCAACACUAUGUGAGAUUGAGCCAGCUCCCCUCGACGAUCUUCUCGACAAGUUGAACUCUGUACUUACUAACAACUUCAAUAUUAACCCCCGGUGCCUCUGA